AUGGAUAGGCAAACGCGGAGAGCAAACUUUAAGAAACUACAAGAGCCAGCGAGCAGAAAGCUGCGCUCAACGCGCAGCAACAAGGCGGCCACUUUGUCAGACUUUUUCAAUACACCCGAGGAUAUCAGCAAUGAGCAGCAGGAGCAGCUGCCGUCAGACAAGGAUGAGCCAGAAGCCAAGAAAACACGUGAAAUGCGAGAGAUUUCGCCGCCGGCUGUAAGCAAGCCCAAAAAGGCGCCCAAGCUGAAAACGACUGCAACCCAACAGCGAAGAGGACGCGGUGGGUCGCGUGGACGCAGCAAACAGCAGCCGAGCAUCAGUGAUUUCCUGCGCAACGAGCAGCUCUUCGCGGAGGUAACCGCUCAGCAUUGUAUCGCCGACAAUUUCAGUCCGAAUGACAUUGAAAUGGCGCUGGCAUUGUCCAAAUCGGAGGCAGAGAAAUAUGGUCGAUUGCGACUGGAGGACACAACGCAGGAGGAACAAGAGGAAGUGGUUGAUCUGCUCGAUGCACAGGAUGAUCAGUCCACUGAGAAUGUGCGUCGCAAGCUACAAAAAUACGGAUUUCGCACAGCCGCCAAGGCGGACUACAAUAUGCUGACGUUUGCAUCAUUGCCUGGUGGCAAGCGGGGUAAGCGCUGCAAGUGGGCCAAUAAAUUUACACCACUCACAUUACGCAAUCCCGUGGAGCAGCUGAAGAAGCUGGAUGCCAAGAUAGCUGCUCUAAUGGCGCAACAAGUGCGAACCAAACUGCCAGCCGCAGAGGAUCAGAUUCCAUUUGAACUGAUCAGCUCAGUGCUGCAGCGAUUGAAAGCCACUGGCGAAUAUCGGAUAACCCACGAACCGAGCGAGGAAUCCUUGGCGAAUCUGAGUGCAUAUUAUGUGCAGGAUUUGUUUGAAGUUAGUCGCACGCCGGCGCAUCAUCUGCUGAAAAACUGGGCGGCCAUUCAGGGACGUGAUUUGUCACCAAAGCGACCCAGUAAGGAGAGUCUGCGACGCAAACAGCAAUUGGAGCAGGUCUAUUCAGAGUUGGAGGCGCAUUUUGGGGCGACUGCCGAGAAGGAGGAAUUGGAUGAGUUGGAGCUGCUGCUAGCCGAUAAUCUGAUACAGGAUAAUAGUCAAACAACAGUUGAUAAGUGCGUUAAGGAUGCGAUAGAGGAUAAGAAUAAGGAGCAAAUCUCAUUGAGCAUUAACAGCAGUCCUUUGAAAGAGCCACCCGACAAGCGUCAAAGAAUUAUGCAGGAUUUCAGCAUUGAUAAGGAGAACAUGCAGCCAAGCACUUCAUCAAAGCUAUCCCUGCCGACACAAAGCACUCGCUGCACUUCACCCGAUCUCUUUGCUGAUUCGGAUGAGGAUGAGCACGAUAUUGAAAUGCCAUCCGCAUGCAGCAAGGAGAUGCAAAACUUUUCUUUAAAGGUUUACAAGGACAUAAGCACAACUGAGAUCAACUGCUACGAGAUUUACUCCAGUGAUGAAGUGAAGAUUGUUCCAGAUGCUAAGCUGGAGAGGACAAGCAUUGAACCACCAGUUGAAGAGGGUUUCAUCGAUCUCACACAGGAGGAAGAUUCACCAGAACGUGUCCUCAACACCACUUCAAGUCCAUCUCUUUUUGAGCAACAAAUUUUUGCACCGAGUCCAACAAUGGAUUCUGAAGAGGAAGCCGAUGCGCUGGCAAACGAUUCAAGUGUUCAGGCGGCUGAUUGCGAAAUAUCGGAUGAGUUAUAUGCAAAAUACGCUAACAAAACAACGCGAGACUUUGACAUAAGCUCCGCAACUGAAUCUAAACCGGAUGAUAACUCGUUUAACCUGAGCUCAACAAGUGCCACCAAGUCAUUGUCAACAAUAUCAUUCCCCGUGGCCACCAACUCCAAUUCCUGUAAGGAUCUCUCAUUCAGCUUUACACAAUUGGACAGCACUAAGCAAACAUUCCAGCGCAGUUUUAGCUUGACGCAAUCUCCAAGGGAGAGUUUACAGUGGAAGCACAGCUUCAAGAGUCCUGCCUCCACAUUCACCUCACCCUUUAGCCAAUCGGUUGAGAAACCCGUCUCCACAUUCACUUCCCCCUUCAGUCAAUCGGAUGCGAGUAUUGAUUUGACGCAGGACAGUUGCGAGGAUGAGGAUAAUGAGGGUAUCCUGCUCUCUGAUGAUGAAAUCAAUUAUUCCAUUUGGAAGGCAGAUGAAACGUGUCGCGAUUUGGCGGAUGAAAGCAGCAGUGGCAAUGAAAGCACUUGCAAUGCAUCCCUUUCUAAAAGGAAAACUGUGCCUUAUUUUAGAACUACAGAGGAUUUGGAUGCAUUUCUGGCUGCUUCGUCUGCGGCUUCCAUUAAAUCCUGCAAUUCUCGCUCGCCCAAUAAGAGCGCUUUGAGCAAGGAGCGUGCCGAGUUUGGUAUACUAGAUGCGGCCAUCUCCCAGCCAUUUACGCUCUCCCAGCCAGCAAGUCCAACGAAGGCAGCUGACACAUCCCAACUACCUAUAGACUGGGCGGAGGCAUCAUUUCUAGAGACGCCACCAGAGGCGCCAGUAAAACGCUACUCCAGCAGCUGCAGUCAUAAAUUUAAAGAUCUAUUGCGGCACAUCUCAGAGCCUGCCAAGCCUAUUGAAGAUGCUGAAGAUGAUGAGAUUGAUGAGUUUGAUCGUUUGGUCUUCCAGCACAGCAAAGAUACAACAGUUGACACAAUGCCAAGUGGAUUAGAUCGACUGCUAAUGGGCGAGAUUAAUGUGGACAGCCUGCCUGAGCCAGUGGCGGUGCCUGUCAGUCCGGCAAAAGUGACGGAUGUCUCCGAGAAGUUGGAGCUAAACGGUCAGGUGUACAAUGUAUCCAUUUGUCAGACGCCCAAACCGGAUUUUGUGCAUCUUAGCGAAGCGGAGCUGUUGCAGCAGCUCUAUAAUUAUGGCAUUAAGCCACUGAAACGCAAACAGGCCGUCAAAUUGCUGGAAUACAUCUAUAAUCAGACGCAUCCCAUUAUGCUGCCGCCACAGGAGCAACCACAAUCCGAUCGCUUGCUUCACUCACGCUCCAAAUCUACGCCGGUGAAUGGAAGCACAAACAAAUCACAUGUUCCGCUGCUGCAUAAUCCCAGUGCUGAUUGCCUGACACCCACAGAAGCUCCCCCAAAUCUUAACCACAAAUUUAGGGAUGCUCCUGGCACGGAGCUGUUGCGUUUCUCGCAGGCUGUGCCUCCUGCUCUCUGCGAUGACUUUGAGUGCUAUGUGCUGCAAACGAAUGUGAGCAAGAAGACGCCACAACCAUUGCUGCCCCUUCACAUUGCUUGGCACAAUCUGCUCUGCGCCAAUCCACGUCUGCACGAGAGUGUGCUCAUGUUUGAGCCCAUUGACUUGCAGGAGAUUUAUUUAUAUCUUAAGCAGCUGGGACAUCGCUAUGAUCCCAAAGAGCUCAAGUGUUUCUUUGACAGACGCUGCAUCAUUUUCCGUUAUGAGCUGGCUCCGCCAGCGAAACCGGCUCAAAGACACAUCAGAAAACCCAAAUCCAAGAAACCUGGUUUGAAGUCUUAGCAGAUUAUACGAUAAUGUUUAGUGAUUAUUUUUUAUGUUUAAAAUUGUAAUUCUUGUUUAUUAAUUAUGUAAUUAGUUUGAACAUCACAUUGUUA